AUGAGCAAUCCGGCACAACUCUUCCUGCUCGCAGAUCACAUAAAGCUAUCUCUUCUUGAGCGGCAGAGAGCAGUAUCCCUCAAGCUCGAGCCUUUUUCUCAAGAUGGCGAGAUAUCCCGUUCUCUAGAUUCGCUACGGGACGGAGUGGAAUCCCUUGCUUCGCAAAUUGCUCAUCUCGAGGAGACUGACGAUCCGUCAUCCGCGGAUCUACGAGACCAGAAAAUCAGCCUCAAAAAGCAGCUCGAUGACCUUACAUCACAAUUUUAUGGCAACAAUAACCCCUCUUCGGAUGCGACACUGAAAACCCCCAAUGAUUCCUCUCUAGCAGAGGAUUUUUCUCGUGCGAGCAGCACGUCGACUACCUUAAAACACCCCGCACCGCAACAUCCCAUCUCGAAAUCCGUUCGAUUUACUGACUCCCUAGCCACGACAGCCGAAGAAGAAGACCCUAACCGGAAAGCCCUCCUUCACCCUUACCGUGACUCCCCAUCUCCCCCAACCUUUGACCACUCCUCUCUUUCUAAUCCUGAAAUACACGCACAUCACGCUCAGAUCAUGCAAGAGCAAGAUGACGAACUGGAUCGCCUUGGAGAGUCGAUUGGCCGGCAACAUGAAUUAAGUAUUCAGAUCGGAGACGAAUUGGAGGGACACAUAGCCCUUCUUGAUGAAGUCGAUGGCUACGUAGACCGCCAUGCGAGCAGACUCGAUGGCGCAAAGAAGAGACUCGGGAAAUUCAGACGGAACGCGGGCGAGGGUCGUAGCUUGAUGACCAUCAUCGGGUUAAUCAUAGUCCUCGUGAUAUUGAUUGUUAUCUUGAAAUAA